CUGGAAUUCCCCCACCUUCCCCACUCCCGAUCUCCCCCUCCCCCCAACCAGACCAGACCACCCUUCUCUUUCUCUCUCUCUCUCUCUCAGUCCGCUCCAAAAAAGAAAAAAACAACAUCUUUGGGAGUUUUGAAGCGUAAACAGAAUCUAUACCAAAAAUUGCAUCCAACCCUAAACAAGAUUUCUUUCGGAGUGUUUCUUAAUCCCCAAAUUAAACCCAUGAUAAUACCCCGAGCCCGGAAUUCCUGUGAACAAGUAGAAGGCGAAAAACAAAAGGAAUUGCCUUUUCCUCUCUCCAUCAAGGAUUGAAAAUUGCUUACCUCAUUUCCACUAUAGCGUCUUCAAGGCUGCAACGUUUCAACAUUUCUUCCUCUUCCUCCUCCUCCUCCUCCUCCUCUCCCAUACCUUGUCCCCGUCUUUUCACGAUUCCACUCUCACUCCAGAGUUGCAUUAGGCACCCGCCUUUCCCUCCCAAUUCCUCCCGUCUCCUCCCCUCUUUUUUCACCGCGCCUUCUUCAAUGUUCUCCACCCCUUUCAUUCUCUCCUUUUCUCUCCUCCUUUCCCUCCCUAUCCUUUUCUUCCUCGUAGCCCCGAGUCUCCAUCCCCACCCUCUUCCCCCCAUCUCCCUCCCUGACGAACGUGACGACCUCCGUCUCUUCCACCGCGCCACCUCUCCUUCCUUCGCCUCCUCCCACCUCUCCUCCUCCUCCUCCCCCAAAAUCGCUUUCUUGUUCUUAACUAACACCGACCUCCAUUUCGCCCCUCUUUGGAACCGUUUCUUCCGAGCCGCAAAAACUUCCCAUUACAACAUCUACGUCCACGCUGAUCCCACCGUCAACAUAACUCGCCCCAACGACACCGUUUUCUUUGACCGUUUCAUCCCAAACGCCAAACGCACUUUCCGAGCUUCCGCAACGCUAAUCUCCGCCACCCGCCGCCUCCUCGCCUCCGCCAUCCUCGACGAUCCUGCCAAUGCGUACUUCGCUGUCCUCUCCCAAUACUGCAUCCCUCUCCAUUCUUUCAAUUACAUCUACCGCUCCCUCUUCACCUCCAAAAAGUUCGAUCUUAGCCCCAACUCGGACCACGACUCGUCCGACUUGACUCAGUACGGUGUCCGAGUCAAGUACAAAUCGUUCAUCGAGAUCAUUUCCAAGGAACCCAGACUGUGGAAACGCUACGUAGCGCGUGGCCGUUUCGUGAUGAUGCCGGAGGUGCCGUUCGAGGAGUUCCGAGCUGGAUCGCAGUUCUUUGUGCUGACUCGGAAACACGCGUUGUUGGUCGUAAAAGAUCGGACGCUUUGGAGGAAAUUUAAGUUGCCGUGUUAUCGAGCCGACGAGUGUUACCCGGAGGAGCAUUAUUUCCCAACUUUGUUAUCAAUGCAAGAUCCGAAUGGGGUGACUCAGUAUACUUUGACUCGAGUUAAUUGGACCGGAACGGUUGCGGGUCACCCCUAUAUGUAUAAGCCGAAAGAAGUGUCGGCUGAGUUGAUUUAUGAGUUGAGGAAGUCGAAUUACUCGAGUUCGUACUUGUUCGCUAGGAAGUUCUCACCGGAUUGUUUGAGACCCUUGCUGGGUAUUGCAGAUUCGGUCAUUUUUAGAGAUUGAGAUUGUUCUUGAUUGUGCAUGUUGUAGCCGGGGAUUGACUGUGGUGCUCUGAUUUCACAGGUGAACAGAGUAUUUUGAGGAACCAGCAUGGAGCAAAAUUUGCAAAGGGGAAUAUGGUUUUGAAGAGGCGUAAAGUGCCCACAACCAAAGCAAACCCCAAAAGCUCCAACCUCUUUAGAGUCUUGAGAAACACAAGUGGAUCAAAAAUUCGAUACUAGUGGAAAGGAAACAAAACAAAACAAAACAAAAAGAAAAGCAGCAAAAAAAGGGUGGUGCUUUUGUUAAAGUUGUAAGUUGAUGGUGUAACAGUAGCCAAAUAGUAGCAUUAGGUUUUUGUCAGUUUGUUGUGUGAUUUGUACAUAUUAUGUAUGAAAUACAAUGAAAUUGGAAACCUUGGGCACCUUGUUGAGGAUGCCAGGGAAAAAGCAGUAAAUAAAAACCAGGGCCAAUUUAUGUCAUUA